AUGACGAAGUAUACACUUAUUGCUGGUGCCACUGGGGGCAUUGGCUGCGAGUUGGUUCGAGAAUAUGCUGAACGGGGCUACGUGGUGUUUGCUCUUGCUCCUGAAAGUGAACUCUGGCAGUUAAAUCCAAUCAAGCUGCGGUUCGCCGCCGUCCAUACUUUCGCCACCGAUAUUCAGGAUGCUGACAGCAUUGUGGAAGCUUAUAGUCAGGUGAGAGAGUUGACUACCCGUCUCGACGUGUUAUUCCUCAACGCUGGCGUUUGUUUAGGGGGCACUCCCGGAGUGGAAUUUACCGAUGUUGAUCUUCGCCAAUCUUAUGAGACUAACGUCUACGGUCCCAUGUAUGUGGUGCGCCAAUUCAUCGACUACGUCAUUACAGCGAAGGGUCAGAUUGUUUUCCAGUCACUGGUAGGUAGUCGGAUCCCCAUACAAUGGUGUCUGAUUUACGGGGCGACUUCAGCAGCAAUUGAUCAAUACGCGUGGGGGCUCCACUCAGAAUUGGAACCUUUAGGCGUUAAAGUUCACUCUUUAAUUACUGGAGGCGUCAAUACCGGCUUCGCUGACCCGGUGGAGGUGAGUACUCUCCCCACACAUUCUCGCUAUAACGUCCAGGGAAUGAUCCAAAGUAUUAGAGACGUGCUGAAUAUGGCUCGCGUGGGUACGAUGGAGCCCGAAGUGUAUGCUCGCCGAGUACUUGAUCAAUUAUCUCGCCGGCCUCAUCGUUUUAACAUUUAUGAAGGUACUUACCUGUACCGCCUCCACCUUCUCGGACGGUACUUCCCCGUGUGGAUCACUGAAUGGAUCAUUGCCGCCCAUUUCCAGGCCACUCGCGUCUACAAAAAUCUUAGAAGCCACUAUGGCAGCCACUAG